AUGCAGCAGUCCAGUGAGUGUGUGAGAGCGACAGAAUACUGCACAGGGAUAUUAUAAGGUGUGUGUGAGUGAGUUAGGGGGAACAACUCAGGGAGGGAUUUCUGGAGAAAUGAAACUUACACCUUUAAAAAAUGACAGCAGCGGCUCCUAGCCCCAGCUCAUUGCACUCUAACCCCGAGACACAGAGCCAGGCCUGCCAUCCUACACAGCUACCACUGGACUGACCUGACUCAAUCUGGAUGAUGGGGCCUUGGACCCUGCUGCUCCUGCACCUACCCCUGGGUAAGCUCUGUUUUUUUAAGGGUGGUCUCUGGGGGGAAGGGGAAGGAGAUAUCUAGUCAGUUGCACAACUGGCUGCAUUCAACGAAACCAUUUAACCAAACCCUCAGUUGAUUUUCAGUGAUUGUUUGGGUAAUGCAUUUUACUCUCUGGUGAGGACUGCAGUAUUUAAUGCAGGAUGUUCCUCUUGCAAGUUGCAACUCUUGAAGGAGGGCUGUAUAAUGUACUGUAUAUUGACACACAGCUUCCCUUAUCUACAGUGUCUUAUCUUCAUUGUUUGUAUUAUUUGAAACAUAAUUUUCUGGAAAUGUUUGAUGUGUUUUCGUUUGCAUUGUGUCUGGUACUAAUCUUUUGCUCUGCUAAAAUACCUGUCUCUCUGGCUGUCCUGUUCUGUGUCUGUCUAUCAUUUGGGAUUAGUUUUUGUCUGUGUGUCUCACUCUGUCUGUCUGUCUAUCUGUUUGUGUGGAUGUUCCAGUGGUGUCCAUGCUCCCAGCCCCUACCAACGUGUCCAUCGUCUCCUUCAACCUGGAGCACACUCUGACCUGGCUGCCCGGUCCAGGGACUCCUGCCAACACACAUUUCAUAGUUCAGUGCCUCAGGUUAGCUCACACUUACACUUCAGUCCCCUGCAUUCAUUUCACUUAUCCUUAUACGUAGCUGCUGAGUAAGCACUUUCUUUUCAGGUAGGCUUCCAUGAUGAUCUAAUGCUUUCAUUUCAUCUGUUUAAGUGGUCAAGGCAAAUACUGAAUCACUGCAAUUGUGCAAUGUAGAGCAGUGUAGAUAUUAUCAUCAGUGUUACAUUUGCUUGGCUUUUUCCCCUCUAUUUCUCUCUCUUUUUCUCUCUCUCUCAUUUCAAUUUCUAUUCAAUUUCAAUUGCUUUAUUGGGCAUGACGUAACAAUGUACAUAAUGCCAAAGUGUACUUUGGAAAUUGAAUAAUUCAUUAAUAAUAUCAAUAACAUCAUAAAAAAUUAUCAAACAGGACAAUCAGUAACAACAAUAAUCAAGGGUGGGGGGGGGGUAGAGUUGUAUUAGAUAUGGAAAUCAGUAAGUAAAUAAAUAACUUGAAGACAUGUGCAGGUUGGUUUGUCAGACACUGUCCCUCAUUUUAUUACAUUUUAGUCAUUUAGCAGAGACUUACAGGAGCAAUUAGGGUUAAGUGCCUUGCUCAAGUGCACAUUGACAGAUUUUUCACCUAGUUGGCUCUGGGAUUUGAACCAGCAACCUUUCGGUUACUGGCCCAAUGCUCUUAACUGCUCGGCUACCUGACGCCCAGCAAUGGAGUGCGCUGCCAACCUACAGCUCUGCGUCCUCCCCCAUCAGGAUGGGUAGCAUCUUCUCAUCAGAGAGGUCUUGGAAACCUUAAAUUAUGAUUUCAAAUUUGGCUAAAUUAAACUCUCUAAUUGCUUUAUAUCUCUUCCCCUCCUCCAGGAAGAACUCAUGGCAGCUUGUGAAGGGUUGUGCCAGGUUGAAGACUAGCCAGUCAUGUGACCUCACUAACACGUUCAAGGAUUCCUUCCGUCAUUACAAAGCCCGUGUUCAGGCCUUCACCCCGACUCAGAAGUCCAACUGGUCCCUCUCUAUGCUCUUCUACCCCUUGACUGACAGUGAGACGCUCUUACUGUACCUUUUCCCCUCCAUUUCAGUCCUCUUUUCUUUUCAUUGGAAUAACGCGGCUCACUAGACAAAAUGCAUGUUGAGAAUGGUAUUUGAGUGAAACGUUAGUCUACUCUUCUUUUAUAUUUGGAAAUGGAAAAAUAUUGUCCAUUCUAGUGGUCCUCGUUACAUCAGUUUGCUGAUGUAAUUGACCUGUAUAGAAUCAUUCAGUCUUCACUGUAACCUCUGACCCCUGAUGUUGCAGCGUUGCUGGGCCCUCUAGUGGUGUCCUUGUCCGGCUGUGGGAACUGCCUGCUCCUGCAGGUAACUCCCCCCACAUCCAGGGGCCUGCAGCGCUCCCUGUCCCUCACACAGCUCCUCUACAGGCAGUUCACCUGCCAGGUGCGCCGGACCAGGGACGGAUCUCAGGUAGGACUUGAGAUUGGUCGUUCAAAAUGUGACUACCAAUGGGGUCUGCUUACAGCUUUGAUCUUACACACAUUCUGAUACCUUGCCCUGUCACGUUGGGUUUGACCUCCUAUCUGCAUAAUUUCAAGUUUUUUUUUUUUUUUUACAGUGUAAAGAUACGUGAAAUGACAUAAACCUAGAAAAGAAAGCAAGUUCUGAUAAUGUGGUCAAACCCACAUACAUUCUAUUUGAAUAGAACCUGAGAAUAACAUCAGGGCAUUGAUGAGAAAGUAGAUCAGUAUCUGUCUAAUAUAAGAAUUUAAUAAGGCACAUUUUUCCUCUCUGAGGGUUGUUUAUCUUUCGUACUGCAGAUGUAGAUACAUGUGGUUUUGCCCACACCUUCCUCUCAGGAGCACACAGUCUGGUUUGUGUUCGAGGAAACUCGCCUUUUACUCUGAGAAAAAGUAUGCCUACACAGGUUCAGGGGGAGGGGGCUCUUCCCCCCCAUCUCUUUGUCAGUUAUCUCAUCUCCCCGUCUCUAACCCACAGUUAUUUGUCAAUGCGGUAGAGACACAGUGAAUCUAAUACAAGACAACAAUGAAUGAACAAAACAGUAGUCAUAGGACUAAUAUCUCAAUGAGAUAUUGGUAUUAUAGCUACACACAUGGCUAUGAAUUAGACCAUUAUGAUCAAUGAUCAAUGUGGAUUACUUAUCCAAAGCAUUACAGCAUGGUAAAAUGGGUCUAUAAACAUUAUAUAAACAUUGUGACAAUGUCUCUGCCUUUUUGCAGUUCAGCAUGUGGGUCACCUCCACUGAGGAGACUGUGAUUGGCUACCUGGAGCCAGGGGCGGAGUAUUGCGUGACUGUCGCCCCGUCUACGACCUUUAACCCUCACUCAGUCCCCUCUGAGCCCCACUGUGCCUUCACCAGCCCUACUGCUGCCAACACAGGUACAGUACCAGGGCCUAACAGCACAGCUAAGAGACCACACAGUGUAGUACAACAUAGCAAUACAGCACUGGUAAAUCAGUCAUACACAACAGGCACGGCCAUUAUUUUACAUCAGUGUUUACAUCUGUUAGCAAUUAUAGCCCCUAACCCUUGGUGUCUGUCUGUCCCCCAGUGCCUGUGGUUCUGAGUGUACUGUGUGCCUUUAGCCUCCUGGUGGUGCUCCUCUGUGGAGUGGUGGUCUACAGUGGUCGCCUGCUCUGUCUGCACAAACCUCUCCCCAGAACACUGGUACUAUUGCCAUGA